AUGGUGUGUGGUGUGGUAGGACAACCUUCUCCAUCUGAGCAGGCUGCAGGAACUACCACUAGAUACUGGGAUUGCUGCAAACCCAGCUGCUCUUGGCCUGGCAAAGUUUCUGGAUCCAAUGCUUUCGUGAAAACCUGUAGGAAUGAUGGCUUCUCUGUCAUUAGCGAUCCCAAUGCCGCCAGUGGAUGUGGUGGAGGUCAAGCCUUCACCUGUAACAAUCAGAAACCAUGGGCCAUCAAUGACCAAUUGGCCUAUGGAUUUGCUGCUGCCACCAUUCCAGGCUUGAGCGAACAGGACCGCUGCUGUGCAUGCUAUAAACUUGAUUUUACCAGUGGUCCAGUCCAAGGAAAAACCAUGAUUGUGCAGGUCACCAACAGUGGAGGGGAUGUGAAUGCAAAUCAAUUCGAUCUUCAAAUUCCUGGAGGAGGCGUUGGAAUCUUCAAUGGGUGCCAGUCACAGUGGAAUGCACCACCCGAUGGAUGGGGCAAUCGUUAUGGUGGUGUUUCUUCUCGUCAAGCAUGUGAUGCUCUUCCUCAACAAAUUCGAGAUGGAUGCUACUUUAGAUUUGAUUGGUUCAGAGGAGCAGACAAUCCCUCCAUGACGUAUUCUAAAGUUCAAUGUCCUGCUGAAUUGGUAGCAAUCACUGGAUGUUCUCGCUGA